AUGGGAAAAGGAGGAAGAACCGCCGAAGUCAAGAAGCUAUCCGAACAGGGAGUAUGGAAGUCUCCUUACGAUCCCACGGAUGCCAAGGCACCAACUCUUCCCACUAAGGGAGAAAUCAAAGCCUCCAUUCCCAAGCAUUGCUUCGAACGUUCCUACUUCUGGAGUAUGUAUUACCUUGUUAGAGACUUUGCCAUGGCUGCUGGCUUUGUCUACGUCACCUCCAAGGUCUUGUCUACCGACUUGCCCAACUUUGCCGACCCUGUCGCUGUCUUGACUUGGACUUUUGGCUGGGGUUUCUAUGCCUUUUGGAUGGGCACCAUCAUGACCGGUCCUUGGGUGGUUGGACACGAAUGCGGACACGGAGCCUUUUCUCCUUCGCAAACCUGGAACGACAUUGUGGGAUUCAUUGUCCACCAGGCUUUGCUAGUUCCAUACUUUGCCUGGCAAUACACUCACGCCAAACACCACCGUCGCACCAACCAUUUGACCGAUGGUGAAUCUCACGUUCCCACCACUGGUGAAGAAAAUGGAGUUGUGAACAACCAACGCGAAUCUUUCUACGCCGUGUGGCAUGAGGCCAUGGGAGAUGGUGUCUUUGCUGCCUUCCAAAUCUGGGCUCACUUGUGCGUUGGAUGGCCACUCUACCUCUUGGGAUUGGCUUCCACUGGAAAGCUUGACGUCAAGGGACAACCAUUGGAUGGACGCAUCAUGGAUCACUUCCGUCCUAGCUCCCCCAUGUUCCCUGAAAAGAUCAGUGCCAAGAUCACACUAUCCACCCUCACCACCUUGGCCUCUCUUGCUUACCUCCUUGGUGUUGCUCCCCAAGAGUACGGAUUCAUGCCCGUUCUUCUUUGGUUCUGGAACCCAUACUUUGUUGUCAAUGGAUGGUUGGUUCUUUACACCUGGUUGCAACACACUGACCCCUCCGUUCCCCAAUACGGUGAUGGUGAGUGGACCUGGGUCAAGGGUGCCUUGAGUACCAUUGAUCGUCCCUAUGGAAUCUUUGACUUUUUCCACCACGAGAUUGGUUCCACCCAUGUGGCCCACCACUUGUUCCACGAAAUGCCCCACUACAAUGCCCGAGAAGCCACUGCGGCUAUCAAGGCCUUUUUGGAACCCAAGGGAUUGUACAACUACGAUCCUGCUCCAUUCUACAAGGCCAUGUGGCGAGUUGCCAACACUUGCCACUACGUUGAUGACGUGACUGGUAUUCAAUACUACAAGUCCUUUAACGAUGUGCCCAAGCGCAAGGAUGCUGCCAAGAAGCAGGCAUAG